CGGUCUAUUGCUGAUAAUGGAGACAAGACUUCCAUUGCUUUAGUCGAUCAUCUGCAGUUGAUUUGAUUAGCUCACUGUUCAUGAUCUUUAUAUUGUUCAUCAUCCAUAGCUUAUGGUUUAUAGUACAUAAGGCCCCUAUGAGCUUAUAAGUUAUGGAGACUUACACAAUUAAGAGAAGAACUACUUGUUUCCAAUGGUGACCCCCAUUUCUUCCAUCUCUCUUACAUUUUUUGUCAAUGCUUUUCUUGUUUUGUGCUCUUUGAAUAAGGGGUAUGCUGUUGAAGAAGAUGAGAUUACGAAAGGCUAUCUACAUAUUAUUAAUGUCAAAUCUCUUCUGCCAUCAACAGCUUGCAACCAAACUUUUAAAGUUUCCAACAGUUUAUCCCUGGAAGUAGUGCACAGGAGUGGCCCAUGCAUUCAGGUAUUAAAUCAAGAAAAAACAGCAAAUGCUCCUUCUAACAUGGAAAUCCUCCUUCGAGACCGACACCGAGUGGACUCAAUUCAUGCUAGGAUCUCAAGUCAUGGUGUUUUCCAAGAGAAGCAGGCUACAUUGCCGGUCCAGUCUGGUGCAUCCAUCGGUUCUGGUGAUUAUGUUGUUACUGUGGGACUUGGCACACCAAAAAAGGAAUUUACGCUCAUAUUCGAUACUGGCAGCGACCUCACUUGGACUCAAGGGCGGAGCCAGGAAUUGUUGUUAUGCUGGGCUAUAAUAUAA